UGGCGCCAGUCAGCCAGGAGGCGGGACGGCUUUUUAGCUUCCCGCCACUUUUGCCGCUCCAGCUGCUUUCCCGCCUUUUAGGGAGGGGGCCGCUGCCGGCGGGAGGCGGGCGACAUGUCAAAGAAAAGGGGUCUGAGUGCUGAAGAGAAGAGAACUCGAAUGAUGGAAAUCUUCUUUGAAACGAAGGAUGUAUUCCAGUUGAAAGACAUGGAAAAAAUUGCUCCUAAAGAGAAAGGAAUCACUUCUAUGUCAGUGAAGGAAGUCUUACAGAGCUUAGUUGAUGAUGGGAUGGUGGACACUGAUAGGAUUGGGACUUCCAAUUAUUUUUGGGCUUUCCCAAGUAAAGCACUUCAUGCAAGAAGACGGAAACUGGAGGAACUACAGAAUCAGUUCUCGGAGUAUUGCCAGAAGAAAAAAACUUUAGAAGAUGAUAUUGCGAAAUCAAAAAUUGGACGCCAAGAUACUGCAGAACGCGCUGCGCUAAUAAAGAAACUUGCUGACCUUCGACAAAAGAAAGAGCAACUAAAAGCAGAACUAGAUAAAUACAAAGAAUGUGAUCCAGAAGUUGUUGAAGAAACCCGCCAAGCAAAUAAAAUAGCGAAGGAAGCAGCCAACAGAUGGACUGAUAAUAUCUUUGCAGUAAAAUCUUGGGCCAAACGGAAAUUUGGAUUUGAAGAUAGUAAAAUUGACAAAACCUUUGGUAUUCCAGAAGACUUUGACUACAUUGAUUAGUUGCAUUUAGAAAAGAUGGCAAAUAAUAUUGUUCAAGAAGUUUUCAUUCUGAAGUUUCUUUCCAAUUGGUAUUGAUUUUUGGGUUAAUAAAAGCUGAAAAUACACUCAAA